UCGGCUGCAGAGAUGAGCAGGAGGGUGCCGGUCCAUGAGGUGAUAUACGAUCGGCCGGUAGCGGCGGCUGUGCCCACCGGCGUGUACAGGCCUAUGACCGGGGACGAGUGCGUACUGACGCUGUCGGACGUGCGGCUGCAGGACGUGCAGCCGCCGGCCGACUACUGGCAUUCCUGUACGCUGGACGGCGGCGGCGUGCCGUAUGAACGGCGGCCGGUGAUCGGCGAAGCGGAUUGCAUGGUGGACAGGGGGCUGGAGGCGGUGUUGCGCGGCAUGACGGUGGGUGAGCUUCGAGAGUUCUGCUUGGGCGACGGCCGUGGUGGCCGUGUCUCGGGCCGUGUCCAGCUGUCGGCCGUGGUGAAGGGCCGCGGCGCCUGCGUGGGUGAGGCCAACGCCAAAGACGACGACCAGCGGAAGGUGGACAACGCGUUGCGGUACAAGGACACCGGCAACCGGUUGUACGGGCAGUCCCGUUAUGUGGACGCGUUCCACCGGUACAGGGCGGCCCUGCAGAACGUGCUGUUCAUGCGGACAGUGAACACGCCAUCUUGGAACUCGCUGUACUGCACCGUGGUCAAUAAUAUGGCCGCGUGCCAGCUGCGGUUGGACAACCAGGAGCACGUGCAUCGGCUGUGCACCAAGGUGCUGACCGUUCAACCGGAUAACCUCAAGGCGCUGGUGCGCCGGUGCCACGCGGCCGUCGAGCUCAAGCUGUACAAGAGUGCGGCGGACGACGCGCGGCAAGUGCUGACGCGCGAGCCUCACAACUCGGAAGCCAAGCGUUACCUGGACGAGGCCGAGCGCGGCAUUCAGGUGCAGGAAGCCAGUUAUCGGGAUAUGGUCAGGAAGAUGUUCGCUUGAUCCGCCGCGUCAGCAGCUACGGGGCCGCACUCGUUCCAGUGCUGCCCAUACGCGCCACCGCGUAACGUCUGUUUCUCCGUCUUGUAAUGAUAAUAAAUUAAACGUUUUUAUCCUA